AUGGUGCUCUUCAAUGUUUCACGCAUUCAAACUACUCCCUUCGAUGGACAGAAGCCUGGAACCUCUGGUCUCCGCAAAAAGGUGAAAGUAUUUGUGCAACCUCAUUACCUUGAAAACUUUGUUCAGGCAUCAUUCAAUGCAUUAACUGAAGAAAAAGUUAGAGGUGCAACACUAGUUGUAUCUGGUGAUGGUCGUUAUUAUUCGGAGCAAGCGAUUCAGAUUAUAACUAAAAUGGCAGCAGCGAAUGGAGUAAGACGUAUUUGGAUUGGUCAAAAUGGGUUGCUUUCAACUCCUGCAGUAUCUGCUGUUAUUCGUGAAAGAGUUGGGGUUGACGGAUCCAAGGCAACAGGAGCAUUUAUACUGACAGCAAGUCACAACCCUGGAGGUCCUAAUGAGGACUUUGGGAUUAAAUAUAACAUGGAAAAUGGUGGACCUGCACCCGAAGGAAUUACUAACAAAAUCUACGAGAACACCACAACAAUCAAGGAGUACUUGAUUGCUCCAGAUCUGCCAAAUGUGGAUAUCACCACAGUAGGUGUCACAAACUUUACAGGGCCUGAAGGACCAUUUGAUGUUGAGGUUUUUGAUUCAGCAAGCGAUUAUAUAAAGUUGAUGAAGUCAAUUUUUGACUUUGAAUCUAUCAGGAAACUGCUGACAUCUCCUAAAUUCAGUUUCUGUUAUGAUGCAUUACAUGGAGUUGCUGGAGCUUAUGCAAAAAGUAUUUUUGUGGAUGAGCUUGGGGCACAAGAAAGCUCUUUGAUAAACUGUGUACCAAAGGAAGACUUUGGAGGGGGACACCCGGACCCUAAUUUGACAUAUGCAAAAGAGCUGGUUGCUCGUAUGGGAUUGGGAAAAUCAGAACCAGAAGGUGAGGUCCCAGAGUUUGGUGCUGCUGCUGAUGGUGAUGCAGAUCGCAACAUGGUUCUUGGUAAAAGGUUUUUUGUCACUCCUUCGGAUUCUGUGGCCAUUAUUGCUGCAAAUGCUGUUGAAGCAAUUCCAUACUUUUCUGCUGGCUUAAAGGGAGUUGCCAGGAGCAUGCCAACCUCUGCUGCCCUGGAUGUUGUAGCCAAACAUCUGAAUUUGAAGUUUUUUGAGGUUCCCACGGGUUGGAAAUUCUUUGGCAAUUUAAUGGAUGCUGGAUUGUGUUCAGUUUGCGGUGAAGAAAGUUUUGGGACUGGUUCGGACCACAUUCGUGAGAAGGAUGGAAUCUGGGCAGUUUUGGCCUGGCUAUCCAUACUUGCAUAUAAAAACAAAGAUAAUCUUGAAAGCAAGCUUGUAACAGUUGAAGACAUUGUUCGCCAGCAUUGGGCUACUUAUGGACGCCACUACUAUACUCGAUAUGACUAUGAAAAUGUGGAUGCAGGUGCAGCUAAGGAACUGAUGGCACAUUUGGUCAAACUGCAGUCCUCACUCUCAGAAGUCAAUGAGAUUAUUAAGGGGGCAAGUUCAGAUGUUUCAAAGGUUGUCCACGGUGAUGAAUUUGAAUACAAUGAUCCUGUGGAUGGUUCCAUUUCAUCACACCAGGGCAUCCGAUAUUUGUUUGAGGACGGAUCCCGAUUGAUCUUCCGUCUCUCUGGAACUGGAUCAGAAGGGGCAACCAUUCGACUAUAUAUCGAGCAAUAUGAGAAGGAUCCAUCAAAGAUUGGGAGACUUUCACAUGAAGCACUUGCUCCUCUUGUGGAUGCUGCAUUGAAACUUUCAAAGAUGGAGGCAUUCACCGGCCGAUCUGCCCCCACAGUCAUCACCUAA